AUGUCUCUGCCGAUUCCGCCGAAAAGCAGUGCAGAUCCGCCGCGGGGCCUUUCCGCUACCGAAGCCCUCACACCUCUCAUCGAGACGACAUUCAGAACACCAGACAUAACAACGUGGAUCAACGGAAGGAAAACAAUCAUCACUAACCCAAACCCGCACUGGACUCUGCUAGACUACAUCCGCGCUCAGCCGAACCUCAAAGGCACGAAGCUGGGAUGUGGCGAGGGUGGAUGUGGUGCAUGCACCGUUGUUCUGCAGGUUGCAGAUUGGCAGUCUGAAAAGAAGAGAAUCAAGCAUUUAUCGGUGAAUGCGUGCCUAUUCCCUCUGGUCGGUAUCGACGGCAAACAUGUCAUCACCGUGGAAGGCAUCGGUAAUGUUGGCAGACCGCAUCCUCUGCAAGAGAGGAUCGCGAAGUUGCACGGCAGCCAAUGUGGCUUCUGUACGCCUGGUAUCGUGAUGAGUUUGUACGCAGUGGUGCGCAACGCAUACGACCCGGAGACGAAGAAGUUCCAUCUCAGCGCACGAGAGAUCGAGAUGGAAGGUCACUUGGACGGCAACUUGUGCCGCUGUACAGGUUACAAGCCGAUACUUCAAGCUGCAAAGACAUUCGUCACCGAGGAUCUGAAAGGUCAAUUAGCAGAAGAAGACGAGCCAACGACUGCCGACGCCGAGAACUUUGAGAAAGAUGUCAUUGAUCUGACUCGCAAUGGCUGUGCAGGUCCUUCCAAGGUCUCCUGCGGGCGACCGGGUGGCUGCUGUAGGGAUAGCCCGUCCGACAGCAGCUCAACAGACACCAAGUCAGAUACCUCGUCACCUCCAACGGAGCCAACAUCGGCGUCAGAAGACGAGCACAUCACUGCCGUUCUGGAUGCAAAAGAACAGCCGCAACCGGAUCCCGAGAUUAGCGGCGCUGACUACGCGAAACCGCUAAAGAGUAAAGAGCAUGGUGCGGCUGCCGAAUCCAAGACUGUCACAUCCACUAUCGAGGCACCGGCGGCCGCUUCAGAGAAGGGUGUCCCCAAGAUCGAGUUCUCUGAAUACGUUCCGGACACCGAGCUCAUUUUCCCUCCUGCAUUAUGGAAGUACGAGCCGCAGCCACUGUGCUACGGUAACGAUAAGAAGAUCUGGUUUCGUCCUACAAAGCUCGAGCAACUUGUGUAUUUGAAAGACGCAUACCCCUCAGCCAAGCUCAUCGGCGGUGCCAGUGAAGUUCAAGUGGAGGUUCGCUUCAAAAACUCCGACUUUGCUGUCUCCGUCUACAUUUCAGAUAUACCAGAAUUGAAGCAAACGCGGAUGCCAAAACAUGCUGAGCUUGAGACAGCCAAGGAACUCGUCGUUGCAGCGAACACUCCGCUCACUGAGCUUGAGGAGAUUUGUAAAAAGGUUUGCACAAUGCUCGGAAAGCGUGCGAUGGUGCUAGAGGCCCUUCGCAAACAAUUGCGAUAUUUCGCGGGUCGUCAGAUUCGUAACGUUGCAUCAUUAGCUGGCAACAUUGCAACAGCAUCGCCAAUCUCAGACGCCAACCCUGUGCUGCUUGCGGCUGGUGCUACCUUGGAAGCUGUAAACAAGAAAGAUGGCAGCGUCGAUCUCCCGAUGUCAAGUUUCUUCAUCGCCUACAGAACCACAUCACUCCCGCCUGAUGCAACGCUACAUCGAAUUCGAAUCCCUUUGCCUCCGAAAGGAUCACGAGAGGUUCUCAAGGCUUACAAGCAAGCCAAGCGCAAAGACGACGACAUCGCAAUCGUCACGGCUGCAUUCCGAGUGCGUCUAAAUCCUGACGGCCUAGUGGUGGAUGCUUCGAUUGUAUACGGCGGCAUGGCGCCUAUGACGAAAGAGUCACCCAAAACCCAGACUACCCUCUUGGGUAAGCCCUGGUUUCAUUCGGAAACUCUUGAUGCGGCUCUCACGGCGUUGUUACAGGAUUACGAUCUUCCAUACGGUGUUCCAGGUGGCAUGGCAGACUACCGGAAAACGCUUACCCUGUCACUUUUCUUUCGGUUCUGGCACGAGUCUGCUGCUGAGUUUGGUCUUGGCAACGUUGACGAGCAGGUGAUUGAUGAGAUUCACCGGGAGAUCUCCAGUGGUGCUCGCGAUGAUUACAAUCCCUACGAGCAGCGCGUAGUAGGUAAGCAGGUGGCGCAUCUAUCUGCUUUGAAACAGUGCACUGGCGAGGCGGAGUACAUCGACGAUAUGCCACGAUUAGAUCGUGAGCUAUUCGGUGGACUCGUCAUGUCGACAAAGGCCCACGCCAAAAUCCUGAACAUCGAUUGGGAGCGAGCGCUUGAGCUGCCUGGUGUUGUUGGCUACAUCGAUCGACACAGCAUACCCGCGGAUGUCAACAUCUGGGGCUCGAUCAAGAAGGAUGAAGCGUUCUUUGCUGAAGACAAGGUUCUCUAUCACGGUCAGGUCAUUGGCAUGAUUUACGCAGAGUCGGCUUUGGAAGCCCAAGCGGCCGCGCGGGCUGUGAAGGUCGAGUACGAAGAACUACCUCCUAUUCUCACCAUCGACGAAGCUAUCGCGGCCCAAAGCUACUUUCCGCAUGGGAAGAAUCUGAGGAAAGGUCUUGCAAUCGAUGACAAGAUGGGUGAAGCCUUCGCCCAAUGCGACAAGAUAUUCGAAGGUGUAAGCCGGCUAGGCGGGCAGGAGCACUUCUACCUCGAGACGAAUGCAGCGCUCUCCAUACCUUCCGGAGAAGACGGGGCUAUGGAGGUCUGGUCGUCGACACAGAACACCAUGGAAACUCAAGAGUUUGUUAGCUCGGUCUUGGGUGUGCCAAGCAACCGGGUCAAUGCCCGCGUGAAGCGCAUGGGAGGCGGUUUCGGUGGCAAGGAGUCUCGCAGCGUGCCGUUCGCCGUAUACACAGCAAUAGCUGCUAGGAAGGAAAAGCGGCCAGUGCGCAUCAUGCUGAACCGCGAUGAAGACAUGCUGCUCAGCGGCCAGAGACAUCCUUUCCAAGCUCGUUGGAAGGUCGGUGUGUCGAAAGAAGGCAAGCUCGUCGCGCUUGAAGCUGACGUCUACAACAACGCUGGUUUCUCUCAAGACAUGAGUGGGGCAGUCAUGGAUCGAUGUCUGACGCACUUUGACAACUCAUACGAGUGUCCAAAUGUGUUCCUGUGUGGCCACGUGUGCAGGACCAACAUCCACAGCAACACGGCAUACCGAGGUUUUGGAGCGCCACAAGGCAUGUACUUUUCUGAAACUGUCAUGUAUAACAUUGCUGAAGGUCUGGGCAUGGAUGUGGACGAAAUACGAUUGCAGAAUCUGUACAAGCCUGGAGAACACACCCCAUUUUUCCAAAAGAUCGACGAGGAUUGGCACGUUCCUAUGCUUUUGCACCAGCUGAGCAAGUCUGCCGACUACGAGAAUCGAAAAGCUGCUAUCAAAGACUUCAACUCAAAGAACCGAUGGAGAAAGCGAGGUAUUUGCCUCGUUCCUUCAAAGUUUGGUCUUAGCUUUGCGACAGCUCUACAUCUCAAUCAAGCUGGCGCUUACAUCAAGAUCUACCAUGAUGGCAGUGUACUCUUGCAUCAUGGAGGAACAGAGAUGGGUCAAGGUCUCUACACCAAGAUGUGUCAGAUAGCCGCGCAAGAGCUUGGCACUCCGCUCGACGCCAUCUAUACCCAAGAUAGUCAGACCUACCAGAUUGCGAACGCAUCGCCUACCGCUGCAUCAUCCGGAUCAGACUUGAACGGCAUGGCUGUCAAGAAUGCAUGCGAUCAGAUCAACGAACGAUUGAAACCAUAUCGCGAGAAGUUGGGAAAAGAUGCGCCACUGAAAGCGCUCGCCCAUGCUGCUUAUGUCGAUCGUGUCAACCUCGCAGCGAAUGGCUUUUGGAAGAUGCCAAAGGUCGGGUAUACGUGGGGCGAUACAAAUUUGGACACCGUCAAGCCUAUGUACUACUACUGGACCCAAGGAGCGUGCUGCUCCGAAGUCGAACUUGACCUACUCACUGGCGACCACACCGUGCUACGAGCAGAUAUCAUGAUGGACGUUGGCAACUCUAUCAACCCAGCCAUAGACUACGGACAGAUUGAAGGCGCGUUUAUCCAAGGCCAAGGUCUCUUCACCAUCGAAGAAACACUCUGGACUCGAAACGGCCAGCUCUUCACUCGGGGUCCCGGAACAUACAAGAUCCCCGGCUUCAGCGACAUUCCGCAGGUCUUCAACGCCAGUAUGCUUCGCCACGAUAACGACGGCAACCCGCUGUCGUGGAACCACUUGAGGAGUGUUCAAAGUUCCAAGGGUAUUGGUGAGCCACCGCUCUUCUUGGGAUCAACGGUCUUCUUCGCGCUGAGAGAGGCGGUGUUGGCGGCGAGAAAGAUGAACGGGAAGAACGACGAGGGGUGGAAUUUGGAUAGUCCGGCAACCUGUGAGAGGCUCAGGUUGGCGGUUGGAGAUGACCUUGUUGACCGGGCAAGAACGGUAAAGAAAGAGGGUGAGACGAAUUUCUUGGUUGCUGUAGCGUGA